AUGUCAUCAAUAGCGGCAGAAACAUCAUCGACAUUAUCGACCCUAUUAACCUCGUCGACUUCAUCACAAAUGACUUUUGUGUCUACCUUGAAUCCUCUAGCUGUCCCUUUCCUGCUGACUCCUCCGAUGAACUACAAGGCCAAAGACUUUGUUACAGGAUCACCAGCACGUUUCAUCAGAUGCGAAUUGAAUCCAUUCGCUCAAGAGUUUGCGCCUUUACAAGAGAAGGAUGCUGGGAACGCAGUGAUUAAGCGACUUGACCCGAAGGCUUCGUUAUUCUACCGAGGGCAAGGCAGCCAUUUCACAAAAUCGCAGCUAGACGAGGAGUACAAAAACGAUAGUACUCAUUCAAAGCAGGAGCAGGGUUCAGCUUUGGUACAAUAUGUGGACCUACUCUCAAUAGCGCUAGCACCCGUGGCACAUGCUCAGCCAUAUGCGAGCGUUACGGUUGCGGUUCCACCGAAUUUACUCAGAGCACAUAUUCAGACUCUACAGCGCCAGGCACCAGUACCGGAGUAUGGGCUACAGCUACGACAGGUCCUCCCCGUGAGGCCCUUAUUAUGGCUGCUUCUCUGCGUCUUCAGACAACACAUCCAUAAUGCCAUCGACCAGCUAUAUUCUGAAGUAUCAAGCUGUGAAAACUAUAGUUUGUCAAAAGAGCAGAAACACUUCCUUGAGGACUGUGAGACAGCAGACUACAGCCCUAUCGUACCUAUCAUGUCUGAACAACCUAUACGGCCUCCUCAUCGACUUCUAGACGAUUGGGACCGCGACACCAUCUUCCCAGAAGAUGAGGAAGGGCCAAGCAAGUGCCUCGACAGCUCAGCUAAAUUGAGCGUCUUGCUUGAAGAACUACAAAAUCUUGGGCCCGUCUGCGGCUUUCAGCAUGGCGAGUCACAUCCAUCUCCUCAGGAAACAAAAUUUGGACCUUCCGAACAGCAACUGAAACUGGAAUCGACCACGGCGCAGCACAAUAAGGACGAAUUGCCACAAAACUCAGCCGAACUGUACCAUCAUCUCAGCUUUCUCGGGUAUGCGGCGCCCUGCAAGAGCGACACUGAUCCUUCGUUGUCUCUGGCCAUCAUCAACAUGAUGCCGAAAGGGGCUUUGUCAUAUCGGGACGACAUGGAUAGUCUGCGGGUUCCGGUCACUAUUCAACAAGCUUUUCUCUUCAUAGACCCUGUGGUCUAUUUCGAAGACCAUGCUACGAUCAAAGGCUUGUCCGCGAACCAGAUCCGCGAGGUGACAGUUGGCCAAGUCUCGAAGUUUUACCAAGGCUAUGGCACAUGGGUAGACGACGUAUAUGACCCUGAUGAGGAUUCACCGCUCGAGGAUCAGGGCGAUUCAAACUACUACCCACGAUGCUGCACCGUGUACAACGGGCUUAUGACGGGCUCAGAGCAACCAGAUCAGACUGCAUUCAAUACUGCUAUCGAGGUUGCGUACAACGACGAUCUUACUGAAUGGAAAGCUAUCCGUGCAGCACGAAGCAAGCUAUUUCCUUUGCAUUCCCAAGCGAAAAGUGGCUUUAGACCACCGAAGUCGUCUCCAUUGCGCCAUUCGUACACACCUGAGUCCACGAUCGAGGCUGAGGUCGAGCAUGAAAAAGCAUUAACGUUGCGCAACAACAUCCUUCUUCGUCCAACUAUCAAGUCCUGGGCUGAUUUAGACGAGGAAGAAGAGGAGGACAACGACGUCAAGCAGGAAUUUGUGGAAGCUAUUGUACAGCAUCCCGAUGAAAUUUUGGAAUCAGACAUCACACAAGCAAGCUCCGAUUCUACGCCGUUCUGUGCUAUCUGUUGGUCAGAUAGCCCUUCUAAGGGCUCAUGCAAGCCUAUUGGAAAGCUCAAGGUCCAAUACUUUACGAUUCCUGCUUAUGUGGUUGGCAUGCUUGCUCAUCCGGUAUGCGUGAAGCGAUUAACCAUUAAGCAGUCGCGAGAUGAGCGAUUGAGCGGCUACCAGGGGUUGUAUGCUGCUACGAAACAACCUGUGGUGCAGGAACAGAGCUCGUUGCCCACAGUAUGUGCGCCUGUCGAGGAUGUCGAGACCCCAGGUCUAAUCGGGAUCGUGGACGAUGGAUAUGCUUCCCAAGAGCUCGAGGCUUCUGAAGAUCGUCCCACAGUAAACGAGCUUGAGAAGCAGCCUUGGCACGAAGUCGAGGCGAUGUACGACGAUGCAGCCAAGACUGUCGAGCAGCGUCUAUCUGAUGAGGAUCUUUUUGGUGACAUGACUGUGGCGGACGAGUAUGAAAGCCUCCACAAGAUUCGGACGCCUGAGAUAUCGUCUUCGAAUGUCUCCUCAGCGAUGGAUUCUGAGGAAUUGUGCCCUGAAGACCAAGAGAAUGAGGGUUUCUCACAUGUGCCUUCUCCAGACGUCAAGCGAAUUGUGUCUCACCCGUCGACACCAUUCGCUGUGAAGACAGUGCAGGUUAUUGAGUCACCAGCUACGCCUUUAAAGAAGACUGGGUCUGAGCCUGAAGAUGUCCCUGAGACACCGGAAAGUGUGAGGAAGAUCGUGCAGAACCAUCGAUCCUGGUCCGAUCCGUUCCUCGGCGGGUUCUCAAAAAUGACUGCACGACAGUCAUAUGAGCCCAAGGCGCAUCUUCCACGUUCCGAGGCAAGCUGGGAUCUACGCAACAUACUCGAAGAGGUUGAUGAGGACAAGACCAAAGUGCAACAGUCAGUUGCUGCCUUGACUCGAAUUUUCGAAGAAGAUGAGAAUGUUUUUGAUGACAUCCCGGAAAUUGUCGAACAACCUAAGUCUCUGGCAGAGAUUAAUGCUCAAUACCGCGCCUUCAAUGGUACUCCAGAAGUCGGCCAGAAACCUCUGCGGGAGGAAUACAGUAGCGAGGUCAUCUUUGCGCCACUACGCACACCCACAGCCGUGCGUACCCAUCUACAAAGAAAAUCUCGAGUUGGUACGAUGCCCCCCAUCGUAAGCUCACCAACGAUCGUCGAGGAAAUGGAAGAAAUUGCAGAGCCUUCGAUACCCCCACCACCAAUGGUACUGUCUGGUAGUGACAGUGGUAGUGAGAUUGGUGAAGCUACAAUCUAUCCAAGCUAUACACUAUCAUCUGAUUUGGAUAGGUUACCGGCGACAACGCCGACCCACCCUGCCCGACCAACUAGUGUGACAUCGAACCGUGGUCUCCUAGGUCACUUACUACCUCGACGUCUUCGUUCGAGAAUCCUGGGCGAUAUCAUCUCUUCUCCUUGUGAUGAGGAGUUCAGCGAUCUCGACGAAUAUUAUGCUCAUCAACCUCAAAAGCACAUGAUCUUGCCAUAUGAGCCAUCAGCACAUGCCAACAUUCCAAUCUGGACUGAGGCUAUCAUUCUGCAUCCUAUUGCACAUGUCGACGAUGUUCCAGAGAGUGCAUCUUUACCAUGGCAGACAGAUUAUACAGAUCCUGAUAUAACUGCUUUGCCUCAGUUCUCGACUGUGGUGGACGCGUCGUCCCGUCGAGGACGCUUGAUGGCCUCUGCCAAGCCCGAGCGAUCAUGGCGGCGCGGAGCAAGUGCUAGGUUCGCCACGCUACUCCGUGGCGACAAGGAUACACGAGCAGAGAUGUCUUCCAAAGACACAACUUCCAGUAUCGGUACUAGCUCUAUCGAUGUCUCAGGUAUCAUCGGUAGUGCUCGAGACCAGGACGGAGAGAGCAAAGGAGUAUUUAGCUCGAUCAAAAGCAAGAUCGCGAGCACUCUGAGGAGACGGUCAUAG